CUUAACAAAAUGGAAAAAAUCACUCUCUUUUUCUGCGCCAUUAUCUUGGCUUCUGUAAGUACUUUUUUAUGUACAUAUGUACUCACUGACGCGGUUUCUCUUUUGUAAUCAAGUUGUUGCUUUACCAAACAAAGCAGAUGACAGCAAUAUAAUCGACAUCGUCAAAAAGAUCGUCCACAAGAUUGAAGACCUCAUGGAUGAGCUUUUCGCUACAGGUCCAAAUUUUAUCGACACAUUCGCUGACCAGUAUCACUGGUACCUGACUAAACUGUUAAAUUAUACAAGAACUGCUAUUACUAGAGCUUUGGAAGCACUUGAACCUAUUUUAGAUGGAAUCGCUGCACAAAGCACUGAUGCGGGAAAGAAAUUGAUUUCUUGUAUUGAACAACAAAAAAAUGGUAUCAUGGCGCUUCGCGUCAAUUUCGUAUCAGGGGCCGGCAGAUGUAUGAAGGACGACCUCGUCGCUUUGGUAAGGACUGUUGCACCUUUACUUAAAGAUCUGUCUGGUAUCCAUGACGAGUUCAAAAAAGCGGCUAACGGAAUUGAUCAAUGCCAAAGAGGUGAUCAACAAACUCUUCUCUGCGUUGCUCAGGUCAUCUCAGAUGUACUUAAGGUUGCAGCUGAGAUUCCCGAUGCUGUAAAAAACGAUUUUCAACCCGUCAUUGAUGCCUUUAAAGCUUUUAGUAUAUCUGGAAAGCAAUGCGUUGCCAAUCAAGUCGACCCCUUUUAUAUUAGCGCUGGAAAAGUUUUAACUAAAGUGGUUAUUUGUGCCACUGCUUAAUUUUAAGAUAUUUUUUAUUAAAUAAAUCAAUUAAACAAC